AUGAGUGCAGCGCGAUGCACGUCGCGCGAGCAUCCAAGCAGGUGUGCUGAUCGUGCCCCCUCCUGUUGCAGAGCGGGCGAUGCGGCUCUAGUAGCGCGGUGGGGCCCAGCCCGCCGCCCGUCCGGCCAAUUGGGGCCCGCCUCGUGUAUGAUGUCAUCGGAGGAGGAGGCCGACUCACACGCGCCCUACUCGGAUAAACUACUGAAGAAACAGAAACGCGUCAGACAGCGCGUGGACGCCGGCGAGCCGCGCAAUUCUUAUUCUACUCUCGCGACGAACGGACCCGCGCCCGGGCGCGUCGCACACAUGAGUGGAGGACUUUACGGGGCCAUCUUCGAGGGGCGCCAGCACUUCGGUCUCUUCGGCCCUUGCUACGCUCCGGCUGAAAUGUUAAACGAAUUAUUAGGCCGCGCACCCAGACAAGAGGAUGCCGGCGACGAAGCUCCCAGCGGCAACAUGCUUCGCGAUCAUGUCCUUCGAGACAUUCUACAGAGUCGGAAGAAAGAAUUGAUGCGAUUAUCGCCGGACAAUAACAACGUGCUCGCUAAUAAUAAUAAUGAUGAACCCAAAGAAGAGAAACGCUCUCCGGAGCGGCCCAUCUCCCGCGACUCUCGGCAGGACCUCGACGAUGCUCUAUUGAAUCUCGACAGUGCCGGUGACUCGCGGACCUCGCCGCCUCCCGUUUCUCAAAACGAACCACUUCUCGCUCCCAAGUCUGAACCGGAAGACCGCGAUAGUGACGCCCAAAGAUCUUCCCCGAGACCUCUUGAUGUGAAACGUGCUCGUGUAGAAAAUAUAGUGUCAACGAUGCGUGCUAGUCCCGCGCCCCAGCAGCCACAAGUGAACGGAUGUAAAAAGAGAAAAUUAUAUCACCCGCAACAACACGACGGUGCAGCAGAGCGGUAUGGAACGAGCCAUGGCAGCAGCGCACAGACAGUGUCGGAUGAGUCUGAGGAUGACGGUGAUCAGCCACCGAUUCAACAAAAGUUAGUAGAAAAAAAUGCAUUAAAAACACAACUGAGAACUAUGCAGGAACAACUUGCGGAGAUGCGAGAAAAAUAUAUACAGCUAUGUAAUAGAAUGGGUCAAGAAUCAGAAACGGCUGAUAAUGAUGGUGCUUCUAGUGAUAUCGAACAAAACGAGGAUCCCGUGCCCAAGUCGGAACCAUCGUCUCCAGUUAAAGAGGUACCUCCUUCAAUACCUAAUAGUGCAGCGCCGAAUAUGUUCAAUCAAGUCAUAAAUAACAUGAUGUCGGGAAAACUGCCAUCACACCCUGCAGCUCAUCCUCACUUGCCACCUGGUUUUAAUGGCGCACUACCUCUUAUGCCCCAUAUGCAACCUGGUGACCACAUGCACCCACCACACACUCAUCAACACCUUAAUAAUGCUGCUGCUAUGUACCUUAACGUCAGUCAAAAGCUGUUUUUAGAACAAGAGGCACGGAUGAAGGAAGCUAGUGAACAGCAACAAAUCAGCCAACAACGAAGGCCACAAUCUAAUCAGCACUCACCACAACAGAGACAAAUGGGUCCAACUCCUAAACCUCCAGCCUCUGAACUGGCUGAGCGUCUUGAUGCAUUACGAAGCAAUUCAGGGUCCGUUGGACCUGUAUCUGGUGCUGACCUAGAGGGCUUAGCCGAGGUUCUUAAAAGCGAAAUAACAGCUUCUCUAGCUAGCCUCAUUGACUCUAUAGUGACCCGUUUCGUACACCAACGCCGUAUUAUGGGCAAGCAGUCAGAGGCAGCAGCGGCAGCGGCGAAACAAUUGAACAAGGACUUAAUUCAAGCUGCACGGCUCAUCGAGAAAUCUCCAACGCCAAAGAUGCCGGAGCGGCCGUCAGGACUCAUGCCAGGUAAUCCACCCGUCCAUCACCCGGGCGCUCCUAAUGGCGUACCGCUCAUGCCCAAUAACCCGAUGUUUAUGAGUCAUAUGAACGGCCCCCGUGCGCCGGGCGGAGCAGUGUUUCCAUUGCACGCUGAGGCGGGCGGGCCAGGCCACGGAGCUCACAUGCGGCCUCCGACAGGCAUGUUCCAGGCGCCGCAGAAGUCACUACAGUCACACUUCGGUUCAUUAAACGGACACUUCGAUCGGGACCAGAAUUCAGACCCGAGUGAGCCGCUGAGCCUCGUGAUGACCCCUAAGAAAAAGCGGCAUAAGGUGACCGACACUCGCAUCACUCCCCGCACAGUGAGCAGGAUUCUAGGAGAAGGUGUCGUCCAAUCACCGGAGAUUAAAUUCCCCGAAUCGCCGUCACCACGGCCGUUCCCCGGAGGGAUGGCGCUGCCGACCUCAGUGGCGAUACCGAACCCAUCACUACACGAGAGCCAAGUCUUCUCUCCGUAUUCACCGUUCUUCGGUCCAGGCGGUGGAUCUGUUGGGUUGGCUAGAUCGCCCCCGGGACCCGAGCGAGACUCGCCGCCGCUGCCGAACUCGAUGCUGCACCCCGUGUUGUUAGCGGCAGCUCACCACGGCUCGCCGGACUACAUGCGGCACCAGCACGUGCCGCACCACGCCGCCGGCCCUCAUCACGCGCAGCACAUGGACGCGCAGGACCCUCACUCCGACUGCAACUCCACUGAGAUGCCUUACGACGGAGUUCAGCCUACUAUAUCCUUUUCAAAUAUAACUUAUUAA